AUGCGCGAUCACGAUACGACGGAUGGUGAUAAACUGAGGAUUGACCGUGGUGAUUCAUGGAACGUGGAAUUUGAUGACAUACCGAAUAGUUUCGACGUCCUUGACAUGAAAGUUACGAGAAUACUGGAAGAGAUGGAGGCACAACGAGAAAAGAUCAAAAAACUUGAAGCGGCACUUCAGCAAGAGAUUGCCGAAAAAAAUCAAUUACAAAUGCGAAAUGCACAGUUGGAAAGCGUUUUGGAAAGAGCAAAAAGUAAUCUGGAAGGGGCAUUACUUAUGAAGGAUACAGUUCGAGAGGAAGUUCCAAAGAACAUGACGAGUGAAACGAAUGAACUGCGCGAGGAGCUGCAGAAACUGCGUGAUGAAUCCCAAAAAACUUGCGAUGAGACGAAACAGGUACCAAUGAAGCAAAUGGAGCAGUUUACAUAG